CCUUACAAGGUUGAACAGGGGCAGACGCGCUGCCCCCCUGCUGCCAGAAAGCAGCCUGGUCCGGCUGGCGGGCAGCAGCAGCCCAGUGGGGCUCCCGCGCCGCAGCUGCCCUUUGAUCAGCGGGCAGCCGCCAGGCAGGAUCAGCAGCUGACAGCUGCGAUGCAGCGGUACUUGGCCCACAAGGCGGACCUCCAUCUCCAGCAGCAACGGCGGGUACAGCAACAGCAGCAGCAGGAGCAGCAGUGCCAGGUGCAGCCGCCCAGGCCCCGGACCGGCUCCCGGUUUGAGGUCCUGGCCACGCUGGGGGGACAGGACGGGGCGGGCGAUGGCGCUGCCACGGCGGCGCCCGGGCGUGGGCGACGGGUGCAACCAGCCGCGCACGCACCGCCGCCGCCGCCGCAGCAACAGCCCCGCUCCAAAGGGCGCGGUGGCCCCGCUCAGCUCCCGCAGCAGAGGGCAGGGCGCUUGGGCGGCGGGCUGCCUCCCCCGCAGGACGGUGAUAGCUCGCCGCCGCGCGUGCCCACUGGGCGGCCGGCCGGGGGACAGCAGGCUGGUGGGGGCAGCGGGUCGGGGCGCCAGGGUGGAGGAGCGGGACAGGCAGUGCCCCAGCCGCCGCCCCAGGCGCGGCCGCCACUGCAGACGUCACAACCGGCGGGUGGUGGUAAGGGCAGGGGCAGGGGCCUGGGCGCGCCGGCUGGGGUUUCGGCCAACACGCCUGGGCACGCGGGUGGGGGUGCGGGCAGUGAGGCGGAGUACGGGGCCGUUAGCCUGACCCGAGACACGUGUGUUGCCAUCGGCUCUGACCUCGUGACGCACCAGAACCGCUGCGCAGAUGUGCAGGGGUAUGAGUGGGCGCAGUUGGGCCACGACACGCUUGGUGGCCGCCUCCUCGCCUACCUCCGUGACCAGGGCGCCACCGUACCGGACUGGGCCGUCUGCCGCGUGCCGGCUGGCCGUACCGCCGUCCUGGCACAGCUGCACGACGAGUUCACUGGCUGGUGGCGCCUAUACUCAGCCCAGCCUGCAGACACGCCCCUGCCUUCCGACGUGACGGAGCAGCUGGAUGACGCCGCGCAGCAGUUCAGUCUGGUGGACCCUUGGGCGAGCAAGCGUGGCGGCGCCAAGGGCUACACGCAUCCGGCCACGCCCAAGCCGGCCACUCCUGCACGCCUGGAUCGGUGGUAUGUCAGUGCCACCGCGGCGCCGUGGGUGCUGGAUGUCGCACGCACGUAUGGGGCGCCUGGGGACCACAACGGUGUGCUGCUCACCCUGUCCUUGCCCGACCUGCCACAUGCGCACCGGGAGCAGUGGCGCUUCCCCACAUACCUGCUGUUUCACCCCUCACUGCGUCUGGAGCUCGAGCAGCGCUUGGAGGCGCACGUUGCCGCAAAUCCUGUGGCCAGUACAGGUGACGGCGCUUGCACGCAAUGGGAGGCGGACAAGUUCUUCUUGCGGGAGGCCGCCACCAGCAUCCACCGUCGGCAUGCACGCCAGACCCGGGACGGGCUGCAUGGCGUGGUGCUGGCCGCAGACACGGCCGCUGCCCUGGCCGACCGGCCCGGUGCCAGCGCCGCGCAGCGUCAGGCUGCGGCCAUGGCCAACUUGGCAGUGCGGGAGGAGCGGGCAGCUGCCGCAGCGGCCAGCCACAAUGCCCGCGCUGCACUGAUGGAGGAGCAUGGGGAGCGGGGCACUCGCUGGUUCCAUCGGCAGGCGGACGAGCCAGCAGCCGGCGCGCAGGAGCCCAUCACGCACUUGAAGGUGCCGGGGCAACCGGCGCCUGUGGCGCUCACGGGGCCGGGCACGCGCAACACUGUCUCAGCAGCCGCCGCAGCCAUGUACAGCAGCACCAGCCUCACCGGCCUGUUCCGCGUGCAGCCGGUCUGUACGGCGUCGCAGCAACAGCUUCUGGCGGCCAUUGACCGCAAGGUUCCGGCGGAUCUGCAGGCCGCCGCAGAGGGGUCCGGUGACGGCGCCCUCAGUGAUGCCGAGCUGAUGGCAGCGCUGGCUGGCUCCGCCAAUGGUAAAGCGCCUGGGUCGGACGGGGUCCCGUACGAGGUGUACAAGGUUUUCUGGGCGCUGCUGGGUCCGCGCUUGUGUGCUGCUGCUGCCGCUGCCUUUGCUGCCGCUGCAGACGCCCACGAUGGCGGUGAAAUGGCGGCGGCGCUGCCCGCCUCCUGGCGGGAGGGCAUCAUCACCCUCAUCUACAAGGGCAACAGCCUGGACCGCGCCGAGCUGGCGUCCUACCGGCCCAUCACGCUGCUCAACUGCGACUUCAAGAUGGUGUCCAAGGCCGUCAGCGCCCGCCUGCAGCCCGCCCUGGAUGCAGUUGUGGAUGAGCUGCAGACUGCGUUCAUCACCGGCCGCUGGAUUGGAGACAACGCGCUGUACCUCCAAGGCCUGAUCGAAUGGAUGCGCCUGGACGUGGGCGCGGACGGCACGCCACGGCAGGGUGGUGCGCUGUACUUCUUGGACAUUGAAAAGGCGUAUGACCGGGUGCACCGGCAGUGGCUGUAUGCGUCCGCGGAGGGACUGGGGUUUGGGCCGCGCAUGCUGCGCUGGAUCCGCCUGAUCACUGCCAACGGCUCUGCCCGCGUGUGUGUGAACGGGAUGCUCUCUGACGCCUUCCCAGUGCUGAACGGCUUGCCGCAGGGCAGCACCGCCUCACCACCCCUGUGGGUCAUCCAGAUGCAGCCACUGACGUCCUUUCUGCGGCGGCAGGUGGAGCAAGGGGCACUGCGCACGCCCCUGUUACCCAGCGGCGAGCAGGCGCCACCGGCUGCCCACCACGCUGACGACACGACCCUCACGGCGCGCGACCCGGCGGUGGACGGGCCGGUCCUGAUGGCGGCGGUACAGCUGUUCUGCCGCGCGUCCAACGCCCGUGUCCAUCCGGACAAGAGCAAGGCCAUGGGCCUUGGCAGGUUUGCGCACCUGACGGGCCCUUGCCCACACACGGAGGUGCCGUUUACCACUGGCGCCGUGACGCACCUGGGUGUGCCCCUGUCGUGGGACUCGGACGCGGCUGCAGCUGACUUGUACACCCGGCGGGCUCGCGGCAUGGCGUUUGUGGCGCGUCUGUGGGCUGCCCUGUCUCUGACUCUGGUUGGCCGUGUGCACAUUGCGAAGCAGGUGCUGGCGGCGAAGCUGGCCUACCACUUCAGCUUCCUCAACCCGUCGCCUGCGCAGCUGAAGGAACUCACCGACCUGGUGGACCACUUUGCUGCGCGCUCCAUGCACGCUGAGGACGCCAGCCUGGUGUCGCACGGGAACCCGCUCCUGCUGCCAAAGCGGGAAACGGCCUGUCUGCCGUACAAGGAUGGGGGUGUCAACCACGUCGACCUGCCUGCGUUCCUGUCUGCCCUGCAAGCUAAGACCUUCGCCCUGCUUGCCCAGCCAGGCCGGCAACCCUGGAAGACGCUCACCCGGGCGCUGCUUACUCAUGUGCGCCCGGACUCCGCCACCACGUGGGCGUGGGUGUACAGCGACGCGCCGACGCCAGCGGGGCUGCCUGCCCGGCUGGCGGCCGCGGUCGGCCACGUGCGGAGCGCGGGCGUGGAACAGCAUCCGCCGCAGCCAGCCACUCAGCCGCCAGCGGCGCCGCCACAGUGGCGGGUUAGCCUGGACCAGCUGUGGGUGGCUAACGCUGCGGGGGCUGUGUCCUACGUCCACUACACGGGGCGGCUCUUGGAGCCUGGGCCUGGCGUGCUGCCCCCGGCGGUGGAUGGGGCGUGGCAGCCUGCCUGUGUGCUGCAGCAUCGCAAGCCGCGGCACCUGUGGACCUUUGAAGAGCGGGCGGCGUACGAUGCCGCAUCACCAGGGGACCGGGCGGGGGCGUGGCCUCGGGCGCCGUACUUCCUGGCGCCGGAGGCUGGGGUGGUGGUGCACCCGGAGCACUGCCGGAUUGCGGGUGUCAGCUUGGCGGACUACACGGUGCGGGACGUGCGGCGGGCCAUCACCGCGGCCAACCCGGCCGCACCUCCGGCUCCGGCCCGCCCCGCAGCCAUGCCGUGCCCGGCGCCAACACAGCAGGCGGGGGAUUCGGGGCCCCAGCCGGCGGCACAGUCGCGGCUGGCGGAGCGGGAGGCGGAGUGGCAGCGUGCAGCGGCGCAGCUGACCACCACGGCGGCGCAGCAUUUCCACAAUAACCCGGUGGCUCUGGACCCCUGGCUUCACCGCACCUCUGCGGCAGCCGGGCUGCAGAACACGCCGGCGAGAGAACUGCAGUCGUAUGCGUCCCCGUCCCAGCAGUCGGGUGAGGGGCCGCGGCGGUCCGCGCGGCUGCAGGAGCAGGCGGCGGGAGGGGCGGGACCUAGCACUGGGCCUGCCACGGCGGCGGCGGCAGCAGCGGCGGCGGUGGAGGGCGACCCUCGCAUGCCGCCCCCGGAUGCGUCCCUUCUGCGGGAAAAGAAAACACCAGCGCUACGCACUCGCCCCGCCUGCGUUGCGCCCCAGGCAGCGGCGCCGCCAGUGACGGACGUGGGCUUCAUGCUGGGGGACCGCAUGGGUAUGUGGGCCUCAGGCCCGCGGGGGGCGGGCGCGCUGCUGUGGAGCACUUUGCGGGCCACCUUCUUGUACGCCGUCUGGUGUGCGUACUGGUCCCGCGAGCCUGCUAAGCAGACGUCGGAGCAUGUGGUUCGGGAGGUGGUCAGCGAGCUGCGCAGGGUGAUGCAGCUGCGUUUCACUGCCGCCACGCUAACCCCUGAAACCCUGUCGGCUCUGCCCACUCAGCUUCUCACCGCACAGCUCAAGGCGGCUAAGCUGGAGCACUUUGUUGCCAUCUGGUCGGCGGGUGGCGCGCUUUGUGAAGUGGAGGAGGUUCAGGCUCUGGCUGGCGUCGCAGCGCCUGGGCGGCUGUGGGCCUUCCUGCUCAGCGCGUCUUGCAGCGGGCUGGAGCCCGCUUAGUCAGCGCCACGUCUGGCCCGUUUAGUUUUCUGCUUGUGUCUCCUCUGCCGGUUCUCCUGGGGUGUUGCUUAAGCAACCGACUUGUGGGGGUGGGGUGGGUUUGGGCGGGGCGAGUGCGUAGUGCUGGUGUUUCUUUUUCUGGCGCGCGGUGGUGGUGGUUCUUGCGGUUAGGCUGUGGUGUAGUUUGGUGCUUGGGUUAGGUCUGGCGGUGUUUUUGUGCAACCCCUCCCGGGGGGCGGGGGGGCCAGCCUCCUGCUCUGUCUGCCGGGUCGGGGUGGGGUGGGGUGGGAUGGUUGGGGGUGGUUGGUGGCGGUUUUCGAGGUGUUUGCUUCCUGUUUUCUUCUCUUUUCUUCUCUUCUUGCCCUGUCAGGGUUCUGGUCUCGGGGACCAGGCUGUUUUCAGGCAGCAGGGGGGCAGCGCGUCUGCCCCUGUUCAACCUUGUAAGGAUGAUUCCUC